GAGAGCGUGAGGGGACACCACCUUGACUGGCUCUCGGAAAAACCGACUUCUUCCGCCUCACCUCACUUUUCACGUCUGUCCAGAUAUCCUGGGGUCCGCCAGGAGAAGAGCCAGGUGGGCAUGAGCAAGUUUGGGACAGUCGAGCGAGAGGGGCGGGGGGCAGCGAGUGGAGGGUGCCUAGUGCCUAAUGUCGUAGCCGCUGCCCGGCACCCCAAGCGCCCGCCGCUCCUGCGGCUUUAAGGGAGCUGCCGAGUCCAGGCUGUGUCGCAGCAACUUUGUAUCAGUCAUGUCGCCCUCCUGGUGACUGGCAGCCAUGUCUGUCCAAUGAGAAGCCCGCCUGGCCCGUGCAGCGUGGAGCCUUGCUUCCCUCCGGGCCAAUGGGAAGGGCUCAGGGGGGCGGGAUAGCAACCUGAACUUUAUCUGGACAUGUGACCCGCUUUUAAAAGGGCCGGCCCUCGAGCUGGCCCACUCCCCCUCCGGGCUUUCGCCCGCCCUCUCUCCCUCCCUACUUCGCCCGCCCUGGCCCUGCCCCUGCCCCCUCCUCUCCGCUUCUCCGCGCCCGGGGUGUCAUUGGACCGGGGAGACGCAAGCCAACUUCUGGCUGCUCGGAGGAAACCCGUGCAGUCACCUGGGUGCAAGACCGUUGCUGCCUCGGGCUCUCCUGCUGCAGGGAGAGUGGCACUCACUGGCCUGGAUGUGGUUGGAUUUAGGGGGGCUCCGCAGCAGGGGUGUCGUGGCGUUGGCGAGCGCUGCAACAGGUAGACGCCGAGAGACGGACCCCGGUCGAGGCAGCUAUGGAGACCAAAGGCUACCACAGUCUCCCUGAAGGUCUAGAUAUGGAAAGACGGUGGGGUCAAGUUUCUCAGGCUGUGGAGCGGUCUUCCCUGGGAUCUACAGAGAGGACCGAUGAGAAUAACUACAUGGAGAUUGUCAACGUAAGCUGUGUUUCCGGUGCUAUUCCAAACAACAGUACUCAAGGAAGCAGCAAAGAAAAACACGAACUACUCCCUUGCCUUCAGCAGGACAAUAAUCGGUCUGGGAUUCUAACGGCUGAUAUUAAAACCGAGCUGGAAUCUAAGGAACUUUCAGCAACUGUAGCUGAGUCCAUGGGUUUGUACAUGGAUUCCGUAAGAGAUGCUGACUACGCCUAUGAUCAGCAGAACCAACAAGGAAGCCCGAGUCCAGCGAAGAUUUAUCAAAAUGUUGAACAGCUGGUGAAAUUUUACAAAGAAAACGGCCAUCGUCCUUCCACUCUGGGUGGUGUGAGCAGGCCCUUGAGAUCAUUUAUGUCUGACUCUGGGAGCUCUGUGAAUGGUGGGGUCAUGCGCACCAUUGUUAAAAGCCCUAUCAUGUGUCAUGAGAAGAGCCCAUCUGUUUGCAGCCCUCUGAACAUGACGUCUUCGGUUUGCAGCCCUGCUGGCAUCAGCUCUGUGUCCUCCACCUCGGCCAGCUUUGGCAAUUUCACAGUGCACAGCCCUAUCACCCAGGGGACUCCUUUGACAUGCUCCCCUAACAUUGAAAAUCGAGGCUCCAGGUCGCACAGCCCAGCACACGCCAGCAACGUGGGCUCUCCUCUCUCAAGUCCAUUAAGUAGCAUGAAAUCCCCAAUUUCCAGCCCUCCAAGUCACUGCAGUGUAAAAUCUCCAGUAUCCAGUCCGAAUAAUGUCACUCUGCGAUCCUCUGUGUCUAGCCCUGCAAAUAUCAACAACUCAAGGUGCUCUGUUUCCAGCCCUUCCAACACAAAUAACAGAUCCACGCUUUCCAGUCCAACUGCUAGUACUGUGGGAUCUAUCUGCAGCCCUAUCAACAAUGCCUUCAGCUACACUGCUUCUGGCACCCCUGCUGGAUCCAGUGCAGGCCGGGAUGUGGUUCCUAGUCCAGACACGCAGGAGAAAGGUGCUCAAGAGGUCCCCUUUCCUAAGACUGAGGAAGUAGAGAAUGCCAUCUCCAAUGCUGGGACUGGCCAGCUUAACAUUGUCCAGUACAUAAAACCAGAGCCAGAUGGAGCUUUCAGCAGCUCAUGUCUAGGAGGAAAUAGCAAAAUAAAUUCUGAUUCCCCAUUCUCAGUACCAAUAAAACAAGAAUCAACCAAGCAUUCGUGUUCCGGUACCUCUUUUAAAGGGAAUCCAACAAUAAACCCAUUUCCAUUUAUGGAUGGCUCAUAUUUUUCCUUUAUGGAUGAUAAAGACUAUUAUUCUCUAUCAGGAAUUUUAGGACCACCUGUGCCCGGCUUUGAUGGUAACUGUGAAGGCAGCGGAUUCCCAAUAGGGAUUAAACAAGAACCAGAUGACGGGAGCUAUUACCCAGAGGCCAGCAUCCCUUCAUCCGCCAUUGUUGGUGUGAAUUCAGGUGGACAGUCCUUUCACUACAGGAUUGGUGCUCAAGGUACAAUAUCUUUAUCACGAUCGGCUAGAGACCAAUCUUUCCAACACCUGAGUUCCUUUCCUCCUGUCAAUACGUUAGUGGAGUCAUGGAAAUCACAUGGUGACCUGUCUUCUAGAAGAAGUGAUGGAUAUCCAGUCCUAGAAUACAUUCCAGAAAACGUAUCAAGCUCUACUUUACGAAGUGUUUCCACUGGAUCCUCAAGACCUUCCAAAAUAUGUUUGGUGUGUGGGGAUGAGGCUUCAGGAUGCCAUUAUGGGGUGGUAACCUGUGGCAGCUGCAAAGUGUUCUUCAAAAGAGCAGUGGAAGGUAAAUGUUCAUGGCAACACAACUAUUUAUGUGCUGGAAGAAAUGAUUGCAUCAUUGAUAAGAUUCGACGGAAGAAUUGUCCUGCCUGCAGACUUCAGAAAUGUCUUCAAGCUGGAAUGAAUUUAGGAGCUCGAAAGUCAAAGAAGUUGGGAAAGUUAAAAGGGAUUCACGAUGAACAGUCACAGCAGCAACAGCCCCCACCCCCGCCUCCACCCCCCCAGAGCCCCGAGGAAGGGACAACCUACAUCGCUCCUGCGAAAGAGCCCUCAGUCAACACAGCACUGGUUCCUCAGCUCUCCACGAUUUCACGAGCACUCACACCUUCCCCUGCUAUGGUCCUUGAAAACAUUGAACCCGAAAUUGUGUAUGCAGGCUAUGACAACUCAAAACCGGACACAGCCGAAAAUCUGCUCUCCACGCUAAACCGCUUAGCAGGCAAACAGAUGAUUCAAGUCGUGAAGUGGGCAAAGGUAAUUCCAGGAUUUAAAAAUUUGCCUCUUGAGGACCAAAUUACCCUAAUCCAGUAUUCUUGGAUGUGUCUAUCAUCAUUUGCCUUGAGCUGGAGAUCGUACAAACAUACGAACAGCCAAUUUCUCUAUUUUGCGCCAGACCUAGUCUUUAAUGAAGAGAAGAUGCAUCAGUCGGCCAUGUAUGAACUAUGCCAGGGGAUGCACCAAAUCAGCCUUCAGUUCGUUCGACUGCAGCUCACCUUUGAAGAAUACACCAUAAUGAAAGUUCUGCUGCUGCUAAGCACAAUUCCAAAGGAUGGCCUCAAAUGCCAGGCUGCAUUUGAAGAAAUGAGGACAAAUUAUAUCAAAGAACUAAGGAAGAUGGUAACAAAGUGUCCCAACAAUUCUGGGCAGAGCUGGCAGAGAUUCUACCAACUGACCAAGCUUCUGGACUCCAUGCAUGACCUGGUGAGUGACCUGUUGGAAUUUUGCUUCUAUACCUUCCGAGAGUCCCAGGCCCUGAAGGUGGAGUUCCCUGCGAUGCUGGUGGAGAUCAUCAGCGACCAGCUGCCAAAGGUGGAGUCUGGGAACGCCAAGCCCCUUUACUUUCACAGGAAGUGACAGAAGACGUCUUACCAGGAGAACUUUGCCUUAAGUUUCCCCGUGUUAUUCUGCACCCACGAAGGACCCAAGAAAUCAUAUUUUUAACCUGUGAUGGUUGAUUCACACUUGUUCAGCAGUUUCUCAAGUUUAAAAAAUCAUGUCAAGGGUUUGGAGCCCGGAAAGCAUUUUGACGUGGAUUUGGCAAGACCUGAGCAGUCGAAACGAUUCUUUCCCCUCCAAUCCCCAGCGCUUAGAAACAUGUUCCUGUUCCUCUGGAUGAAAAGCCAUAUCUAGCGAAUAACUCUCUGAUUUUGAUAUUUUAACAGAUGGAAGUUUUAACUCUGCCAUGUAGUUUCUGGUAUCGUUCGCUUGUUUUAAAAGGGUUCAAGGACUAACGAACUUUUUAAAGCUUACCCUUGGUUUGCACAUAAAACGUAUAGUCAAUAUGGGGCAUUAAUAUCCUUUUAUUAUUUAAAAAACACAAAAACAAAAAAUAUAUACAGAUUCCUGUUGUGUAAUAACGGAGCCCGUGAAGCGGAAUAGCGCCCUCUGCAGGUCUCUUUUUCGCCCACGUCCUUCUGCAUCACUGGUAUACACACCCUUUAGCGUCCAUUUAUUAUUUAAUUAGAAUGGAUAAGAUGUUAAAACAAAUGCCUUGGUUUAAAUUUCUAGUAUCUAUUGUGUUGGCUUUACAAAUAAUUUUUUGCAGUCUUUUGCUGUGCUGUACAUUACUGUAUGUAUAAAUUGUGAAGGACCUGAUAUAAGGUAUAAGGAACUUUUGUAAAUGAGACACAUACAAAAAAAAAAAACUUUAAUGGUUAAUAGGAUGAAUGGGAAAGUAUUUUUGAAAGAAUUCUAUUUUGCUGGAGACUAUUUAAGUACUAUCUUUGUCUAAACAAACAAGGUAAAAUUUUUUUUUGUAAAGUGAAAUGUUCUGCAUGCCUAAUGAACCGUUUACAGUGUAUUUAAGAAAGGGAAAGCUGUGCCUUUUUUAGCUUCAUAUCUAAUUUACCAUUUUACAGUCUCUGUUGUAAAUAACCACACUUAAACCUCUUUGGUUGUCUGUAAGCCUUUCUACUUUUUCUGUACUUCUGUUUUGUCCUCGGUCUCCCGCUCCGGGUGUUCGUGGGGCUUGAGCACGUUUUCCGGCUUCUGCUUCAUCCUCCUUCCAUCGGGGAGCAACACGCUGCGGUGUCUGCAGCUCCUUGAAGGUGUCACUCGACAGCACACAUGUGCGAGAAUGUCCUGGGAGUGCUGCAGCUUUAGAAAAGCUGCCUCUUUUCUUUUUUUCCUCAAGAAGCGGAGUCAGCUCUAGGAGAGCAAGUCUGGAAACGCCAUGGCUCGGAGAGCACGGUUUCAUCCCAUUUUAGAAGAUCGAAUUUUCUCCUUUGGGAAAAAAAUUCCAUGCACUCUCUCUGUCUGUGAAAGAUGAAAUGUUCACUUCUGGUCUUGGAAAGGGGUUUUGCACUCCGAACUGGGCAAGGGAACACUGGGAGGUCAUUGCAGGAUGCACUGGGGAGAUGCAUACUGGCACGGUUCGGUCAGAACGGCGUGGAGACCGCACGAUCAUUAGACGGUUUUUAGAUUUUUAAAAGGUAGGUUUUAAAAAUAAAUUUUAUACAUAAACAAACAGUUUUGGAAAAAAAAACUACAGAUCAUAUAAGCAAGACAGUGGCACUAAAAUUUCUAAUUCAUUAAUCUGUUGGGCACUGAUGCAACUUAUGGCUUUUCUCUUGCCCCAAAUUGCAAACGUAUAUAUCUUUGGGGAAACAACAGCAUGAUUGCACUAAAUAAACUCCUUUGAAUAGAGGCCAAAUUAAUCUUUUAAAAGUGAUGAUAAUCAUCAGGUACUCAGUGAAAUCACAUUAUUUUCCAAAACCUAAAAGCUGGAGAAGCCCAAGGCCGGGAGAAGGCAGCGUUGGGAUCAACACUUUUCUCCAGGGUUCACCAUGCAGGCAACAUUAUCUUGUCUUUAGAAGACACCUGCCUUAUGCAAGGGGAAACCUGUGAAAGCUGCAUUCAGAGGGAGAGGUUUUCUUACAUAAUUUGCAAUUUCAGGAAUUUAAUUUAUAGGCAGAUCUUUAAACACAGUCAACUUAACACGCACAGCAAUAUGAAAGCCACACUAGAAAGGUGAUAAAUACACAGCAUGCAGACUGGGAGUUUCUAGAAAAGAAAUGGCUUACAAGAGCAGCUUUUAGCUCAGACUUAUUUUUUAUGAAAUUGGAAUUUCGACGUAACCAGGAUUGGGAUGGAGACGGUCUGCAUCAGCUUUUUGUAUUAACAAAGUUACUGGCUCUUCGUGUGUCUCCGGGUAACUUUGCUUAUUAAACAGCAAAGCCAUAUUCUAAAUUCACUGUUGAAUGCCUGUCCCAGUCCAAAUUGUCUGUCUGCUCUUAUUUUUGUACCAUAUUGCUCUUAAAAAAUCUUGGUUUGGUACAAUUCAUAAUUCACCAAAACUUCUUCAUAGAAUUAAAAAACACACUAAAUUAGUUUAAAAUGAAGCAAUUUAUAUCUUUAUGCAAAACCCUAUGUCUGUCUUUGCAAAGGACUGUAAGCAGAUUACAAUAAAUCCUUUACUUUAA